AUGAGUGAAAAUGAGAAAAAAUUAAUUUCAAGGUCUCGUUCCAGGCCUUCAUUAGAAUUGUAUAAACCUCCAGUUCUUCGUGGAAUAAAGUCUCUUCCUAGAAAAGUCCAAAAUGUGCAAACUGAAUUUCCAGAAGAAAAUAUUCAAAAAGAAAUUUCACUUUUAUCGUCAAAUGAAGAAAACAAAGAAGAAACAAGUCAAUUACAAAAAUCUCAGCUUAAAAUUCCUUCAAAAUCAACAGAAAUACCACAAAAAUGCCAAAAACAAUUAAUUAAAAAAUCAGAAGAAAAAGCCAAACCUUCAAUGAAUUUUGAUGAUUUAAUAAAUAAUUUGCGUUUAUUUUUGUCAAAAGAUUUACAAAAUGGAAACGAAAUUGGGGAGUUUUUAAUUUUAAAUUGUUCUCCUGAAAUGGCUAAAUAUGUUGGAAUUUUUAUUGUUAAAUAUUUGGUGGAAGAUUGUUGUAAAAAUAAUAAAAAAUAUUUGAAAAAAGGAAUUCUCUCAAAGGUUUUAUUUUAA